AAAAAUCAAAGAUAAUUCUUUCAUUGGUAGCCUGCUUUUGGACUUCAUCUCUCUCUCAAAGCGAAUCUCCGAUGGCUUCCUCCACUAUGAAUCGAUGGCUGAGGCCUGAGGUUUAUCCGCUCUUCGCAGCCAUGGGGGUUGCCGUUGGGAUCUGCGGAUUCCAGUUGGUUCGCAACAUCUGCAUCAACCCUGAUGUCAGGGUGAGCAAAGAAAACAGAGCUGCAGGAGUAUUGGAGAACUUCACCGAGGGACAAAAGUAUUCUGAGCAUUUUCUAAGGAAAUAUGUUCGCAACAAGUCCCCAGAAAUCAUGCCAUCCAUCAACAGCUUCUUCUCAGAUCCAGAGAAAAAUUAAAAUCUUUUCUUUCUGCAUACUAAGAUACAAACUUCUAUUGUGAUUUUUCUACUCUAGCUGUGUUUGUGACUGACUCUCGGUUGGAAUGGUUUUGAGGGCCUUCCGCCUUUGUGUCUCUUGCCCAUCUUGUUCGCGUAUUUGCGGGAUCAACCUCAACAGCAGGAACCGUCCAGGGAUGUAGUUGAAUUGACUAAAAAAUAAGCAUCGAGUGGAUAAUGAAUCUAGUCUUAUUAUGCGAUGAAACAAUAAUCUUUUUCCACAAAAUAGUAGUGAUACUCUCAUUCCAGACCA